CAGCUCAACCAUCAUCAGCCCCCAAGGAAAGCUCCAGGUUCCACAUCCAGCAACUCAACAGACUUCUCAAAACAGUCUCUUGCAUCCCCCUCAAACCGCCAACAUGAAGGUCUCUGCCCUCGCCCUCCUCGCCACCUCCGCCGCCGCCAUCGACCUGCACCUCGAAUUCGCGGGCGGCUGCUCGACUUCGGGUGGCGGCGCGAUCUGCUUCAACUAUAACCCCGACACGUGCUGCAGCGUCAACCAAGGAACCAUUUUCGGCAGCGGCUCCUUCCGCGCUAUCCCGCGCGGGUGGAACAUCCAGGCGCGCGGCCACGCGCCCUCCAACUGCGGCAGCAUCCGCCAGCAGGAGGACAGCCGCGGCCGCGACUACGUCUGCCUGAACAACGGCCCCUUCGGCGGGCUGGGCUACGGGUUCAACAACAGGAAGCUGGUCCGCGGCGCGGCGGUGCCGCGGGACGCGGAGGGGUCAGAUGCGAAAUGCGUGCAGCCGAAUGUCGUGUACCUGGCCGACGGGACACAGUACAACUACACGGCCAUUCUCGAGGCCAAGGUGGACACCACGGAGCUGUUCAAGGCUGCCCAGGCUGGCGCGUCGGUGGCGGACAUGCCCGAGGGCCUCGCGACGUUCAAGCUCGCGCAGUAAAUGUCUACGUGGCGACGGAUGGCGAGACUCCUGUCUGAGUCCUAAAAAGGCGGAGCAGGUCGAUGCUUGGUAUGGCGGGUUUCUGAUGUUUCUCCUUUCUCAUGCUCAUCUUACCCAGGUGUGCAUUUCUCUUGCCGUGGGCCCCGGCCGCCCGACUUGUGGGCGUUAAACAACACUUUAAAGACCUUGUGGGAGAUUACUUUGAGCAGAAAAUCAAACCAAGUCCUGUACUGGCAUUAACUACUUUCCCCGUUUUCGUCAGCGCAUACGGCCUUUUUGCCUCUUCCUAUUAUAAGCCAACAGGAAACUAGGCAGGUGAUGUGAGAUCUGGGCGAGAAUAAGGGUGUCGUCGCAGGAAUAAUAACACCUCAACUCUCCG